UCAUGCCCAGCUGCCAUGCGUUCCCAGGUAUUCACGCUGCCCAAGGUGAGCGCCAAGCUGAAGCUGAAGCUAACGGCCCUGGAGGGCUCACGAGUACGGCGCGUUGGUGUUGCCCACUUCGGCAGCUGCAGGGCCGAGGACUAUGGGGAGCACCAUCUGGCAGUGCUCACCAACUUGGGUGACAUCCAAGUGGUCUCAAUGCCCCUGCUCAAGCCCCAGGUGCGAUACAGCUGCAUCCGCCGGGAGGACGUCAGCGGCAUUGCUUCCUGUGUCUUCACCAAAUAUGGCCAAGGUGUGCAGGCAUGGGCCAGGGCCUCAGUAGGGUUGGAAUUGGGUGAGAGGGUCUCUCAGGCACGGCCAGGGGAUGGAGAGGCAAGAGCAACUCCGAUGUGGAGCUCUGCCCGGCAGGCUCUGCCCUGA